AAAAAGAAGUCUAAGAAGAAGAAAAAAAAAAGUUGAACAAUGAGUUCUUCGUCUUCCUCUUCUUCUUCUUGGUCUCGCAGUAAAUGUCUUGAUUCAGAAUUUAUGUUCGGGCAAAGGGAAGUAAAAAGAAUCUUGAUUCUGUUUCUUUGUUUGUCUGCUUCAUGUCUUGUUUUAAAACGAGAUUUAUACAAAGCAGCUUAUCCUCUGCAACGACUUAGUGUCAACAAUCUCAGUUCUCUUGUCGCUUCUCCCUCCUCUCCACCAUUGCCAAAUAUCAACUCAUCAGAGAUUUCUCAAGAAACAGCCAAACCAAAGAUCAGUUUCAAGGGGAUUUUAGAGAAUGCUACGAUGAAGAACAAUACAGUGAUUAUAACGACACUGAAUCAAGCUUGGGCAGAGCCAAACUCUUUGUUCGAUCUUUUCCUAGAGAGUUUUCGUAUCGGGCAAGGAACACAACAACUGUUGAAACACGUAGUAGUGGUUUGCUUGGAUCACAAGGCGUUUGAACGAUGCUCAAAACUUCAUACUAUUUGUUACCAAAUUGAAACCUCAGAAACUGAUUUCUCCGGAGAGAAAGUUUACAACACUCCUGACUAUCUCAAGAUGAUGUGGCGCAGAAUCGAGCUUCUUACACAAGUUCUCGAGAUGGGUUUCAACUUCAUAUUUACGGACGCAGACAUAAUGUGGCUUCGAGAUCCAUUUCCUCGGCUAUAUCCAGAUGGAGAUUUUCAAAUGGCAUGUGACAGAUUCUUUGGGGAUCCUUUCGAUUCAAACAAUUGGGUCAAUGGUGGCUUCACAUACGUCAGAUCAAACAAUAGAAGUGUUGAGUUUUACAAAUUCUGGCACAAAUCUCGUCUAGACUAUCCAGAGUUACACGACCAAGAUGUGUUCAAUAGAAUCAAGCACAAGCCUUUUAUUACAGAGAUUGGGAUUCAAAUGAGAUUCUUUGAUACCGUUUACUUUGGUGGGUUUUGUCAAACUAGUAGAGACAUAAACUUGGUUUGCACGAUGCAUGCAAAUUGUUGCAUUGGAUUAGAGAAGAAGCUUCAUGAUCUGAAUCUCGUUCUUGAUGAUUGGAGAAAGUAUCUGUCUUUGUCAGAACAUGUUCAGAACACGACUUGGAGUGCUCCUAUGAAGUGUUUGGAGGACUGAGGAUUUUUUUUAAAUACAGAUUUGGAUUAAAAGUGUAUUAAGGAUGAAAAAUAAAUAAAUGUAUUAAGAAUGAAGUGUCUUUAAGGACUUUAAUCUAAUAAUUUUUCUUUCUGAUUGUAUUU